AUGCCCUUGAGCUGGGAAUCACGCAUGGCUCUGCUUUCCAUCUUCAAGAGCACGAAGAACGCGCGUCAUACGUUCGAUUGGAAAGUCUUUAACAACGCGAUGGAAGAGCGGGGGUUUGAGCUAGCACAAGCAGGGGUGGUGGUGACCUAUUUCGUUCCGCCGUUUGGGGGCGGCGGUGCGUUUGUAUUGCACAUGGAUCAUAGGCACACGAUGAGUCGAUCUCAGCAAGACUACGUGAAGAGGCGCCUUUCACACGCGUUCGGUUGGCACGAGCGGACCUUUGUUAACAAUUUCUAA